CCAUCCAAUGGCGACGCUUAUCUCAUGAAAAUUAAGAACCAGGCCUUCGCCGUAGUAGGAUUCGGGCAAAUUCGAGUGCUGGAGACGGGGUGCGCCGUCACCGCGCUUUCUGCAUCGGGUUACGCCAUUCAUCCAGGGUCAUUCGGUUCACCGGUGUAACGAAGAUGAUGGCCACUUCACAGGCGCGCGUGCCUCCGUUUUCCUCAUGACCGACCAGCGGCGGCAGCAUCAUCUGCGUGCGGGUUUGGGUUUGUCUCACACCGGGCUGGCGUGGAACCGAUCCCACCGUCUGGCGGAGCGUCUGCCAGGUAUUGCGUGGCUGAGUCACCGUUGGAGUGUCUGAAGGGUCGCGAGAGAGAGAGUGAAAGUGAAGGAGGAGGCUGAGACGUUACAUCACAACGUGGCAGAGAAAGUGAGAGGAAGAGUGUGAGAGAACAGGAGAGCAAAUCGAGACGGGCGUAAGGGAGAGCGAGGGAACAGGACACAACCACCAGCAGGAAGUCGAGCACUUGACUGACCCUUGAACUCUGACCUCGGAGCCAACAUGAACGACCAGAACGUAGUGAAAGAGGGAUGGGUGCAGAAGAGAGGUGAAUACAUCAAGAACUGGAGGCCGCGGUACUUCCUGUUAAAGACGGAUGGGUCGUUUAUUGGAUAUAAAGAGAAGCCGCAAGAUGCAGAUUUAGCGUAUCCGCUCAACAACUUCUCUGUCGCCAAGUGUCAGCUGAUGAAGACGGAGAGACCGAAGCCCAACACCUUCAUCAUCAGGUGUCUGCAGUGGACCACUGUGAUCGAGCGCACCUUCCAUGUGGACUCGCCCGACGAGAGGGACGAGUGGGUCGAGGCUAUUCAGAUGGUGGCGGACAAGCUGGCCAAACAGGAAGAGGAAGGAAUCCUGUGUAGCCCCAUCUCUCAGAUCGAAAACGUCAAUGAGGAGGAGAUGGACACGUCAACCAGUCAUCACAAACGAAAGACAAUGAAUGACUUUGACUAUCUGAAGCUGCUGGGGAAAGGCACGUUUGGGAAGGUGAUUCUAGUGCGAGAGAAAGCCAGCGGCACAUAUUAUGCAAUGAAGAUCCUGAAAAAGGAGGUUAUUAUUGCCAAGGAUGAAGUGGCUCACACGCUCACGGAGAGCAGAGUCCUGAAGAACACGAGGCAUCCGUUUCUAACUUCGCUGAAGUACUCAUUUCAGACGAAGGAUCGUUUAUGUUUUGUUAUGGAGUAUGUGAAUGGAGGAGAGUUGUUUUUUCAUUUGUCGAGAGAACGCGUGUUUUCGGAGGAUAGGACCCGUUUCUACGGCGCUGAGAUCGUUUCUGCGUUGGAUUACUUGCACUCUGCGAAGAUUGUUUACCGUGACCUGAAGUUGGAAAACUUGAUGUUGGAUAAGGACGGUCACAUAAAGAUCACUGAUUUCGGCUUGUGUAAGGAGGGCAUCACAGACGCCGCUACCAUGAAAACGUUCUGCGGGACUCCGGAGUAUCUGGCCCCUGAGGUAUUGGAGGACAAUGAUUACGGGAGAGCCGUGGACUGGUGGGGUCUGGGAGUCGUUAUGUAUGAGAUGAUGUGUGGACGCCUUCCCUUUUAUAAUCAGGACCAUGAGAAGCUGUUUGAACUAAUUCUGAUGGAGGAGAUAAAGUUUCCCAGAACCCUCUCUGCAGACGCCAAGUCUUUACUGUCUGGAUUACUCAUCAAAGACCCCAAUAAGAGGCUCGGAGGAGGUCCGGAUGAUGCUAAGGAAAUCAUGAGACACAGUUUCUUCACAGCGCUGGACUGGCAGGACGUCUAUGACAAAAAGCUGGUACCACCGUUCAUGCCCCAGGUAUCAUCUGAAACCGACACCAGGUAUUUUGACGAGGAGUUCACAGCGCAGACCAUCACCAUCACACCUCCAGAGAAGUAUGACGAGGACGGGAUGGACUCGGCCGAUAGCGAACGGAGACCACAUUUCCCACAAUUCUCGUAUUCAGCCAGCGGGCGGGAGUGAUGUCAUCAAAUGCCACCAUUUAAGGAGCCCCGCGUAGCCAUGCUAGAAAGAGCCCCCCUCUCUCUCCCCCUCCGUUUAAUUACCGAUAGUCAUAGCGAGUUGUUUUUGUUGCUUUCUGUUCAUUUUUUUUUUAUUUUAUGUGGGACUUUAAAGGGGUUUUGCACAGUUGGGUGAGACUUGAGCUAGUCGACCCACAUUUAAAAAGUCUUGUACACUUUCAGCUUGUUGUUUACAGAUCAUGGACGGUGUUUUUUGGGAAAUAUGAUCAGUAUUGUUGAAGACCUGGAGCAUUUUUUUUUUUUUUUUUUUUUGCACUUGUUUGAAAGAGCCGUUGUGGGGAACAAACCAAAAAUGUUGCCUUAUGUGUGUGGAUCUCAUCAGACAGACAGACAGACAUGUAGUUGGGGUUAUUAGAUGCAGCAGUAGAUCUGUUCCUGUGAGGCUCACCAAUUUAAUUUUGUUCCUGAUUUUUAACACACACACAUCCUCUGUCUGAGGCGUUGAAGAGUUUUGUUUCUCACUUUUGGUAAAAAUGAAUUCUAAGAAAGUGGGAAAAAGUAUGUCAGAGGACACUAGUGUUAAUAUUUGCAUAUUUUCUUUAUAGUUUUUAUCCACACGCUCUGAUAUGAAGGUUUGAGUUCAAACACUACCAUACAACAAACUGCCGUUACUGUAAAGGUCUCUCAGGCAAUUCAGAGCACAAGUGUGAAUCUCACGAAACCGUCAAGAACAUGUCUGUCAUAUUUCACUGCAAAAUCAUGAAGAAAAAAAAUUAUAUUUUGCAUGAAGACAAAUAUUUUAAGCAUCACUAGCAUGUUUUUGCAUCGCGAAGUUAUUUUCAUGACAAUUUCCUCCCAUGUUCUCAUUACCGUAAUGCAAAGAAAAUCUCAUUCUCAUUACCGUAAUACAGUAAAAUUAUAGUAUAAUAUUAUUUUAAUGUAAUAAUAAAAUACAUUAUAUUAAAAAUUACUAAAUAACACUUUACAGUACAGUUUCAUUUGUUAGCAUUAAGUUAUCAUGAAAUAACAAUAAACAAUAAAACUACAGCAUUUAUUAGUCUUAAUGUUAAUUUCACCAUUUACUAAUACAUUUUUAAAAUUUAAAGUUGUAUUUGUUAACAUUAAUGCACUGUGAACUAACAUGAACAAACAAUUGCAUUUUUAUUAACUAACAUUGACAAAGAUUAUUAAAUGUUGUAAAAAUAAAUUGCUCACUGUUAGUUCGUUAACUAAUCUUAACAAAUGAACCUUAUUGCAAAGUGUUACCUGUAUUUUUAUCUUUUUGUUAAUUAUUGUACUGACUUUGCUGAUUCAAAUAAAAAUAAGAAAAUAUUUUUAUAGUAAAGCAGUAAAAAGUUCAAUAACUACCCUAAUAAAAAUCAGCAAAGUAGUGGGAAUUAGAAACGACUGCAAAAUAAAACAUUUGGAUGCGUUACGGUAAUGAUGUUUUUUUGCAUUAUGGUAAUGAGAAUUUGCGGGUGCAUAAUUGUCAUAAAAAUAACGUCACAAUGCAAAAAAUCAUAAUGGUCCGAAAAAAUAGACUUCAUCUCUUUGUAAAAACCUGACACAUAAUUUCUUAUUUUCUUUUGAUUUUUGGGCUGAAAUAUGACCUGCACAUGUUUUUCGUGAGAUUCACCUAUAAAUCUACCCACCGACGGGGUGAAAUCUGCCCAGAUGUGAUUUUUAUGACUUUGUCCUUCUCUGCUCACCUCUGAAAUGGACAGUUUUAAACGUUCUACGCUCUCCAGACCCGAGAAGCGUCAAGGACAAACGUGUAAAGACUCAUUUUGGGUGGUGUUUCACCACUACUGUACAGAGCAACAGGUGUGUCUCUCUCACCAGCACAGAGAGAGACCAAUCAACCACUGACCCUCACUUCUCACCACACAGAGAGAAAACCUAAUGUUGGACUAUUCCAGAAGAUGUAAAUACAAACCUCUUGCUCUCUUUUUACCGUUAUUGUUACAUUAUGAUUAUUUUUUUUGCAUCGAGAACUGUCUCCAUAGCUGUGGAAAUCUUAUGGACGUGUGAUGUCUGCGUUUGGAAUCAAUACCAAGUCAGAACACAGACUCAUUAUAUGUGCAACUGAGCCAUGCAAUACCAGUGUGAAUGACCCUUGACCCUGGAGCCGCCCCUCCUCUGUGUGAUGUACAUAUGCAAUGCCUUCUGUUUGUGACGACAGGCACGUGACGGUUAUUGUGUGUGGCAAUAUAUGAAUUGAAAAAUAUUUCCUGAAAUGACACAAAAUCAUUGGAGGAAUGACGAGUUGCUUUGGUUUCAAUCCCAUCCUGUUUGUACCCAAUCCAGUGAACGUUUUGGAAACUGCCGUUGUUCAUUGCGGUUCUUCAUAGCGAAUGAUAUGAGUGUGUGUGAUUGUUCGUUCAAGUUUCAGUUGUUAUUUUCACGCUGUGACGCAUUCGGUCAAGCUAACAGGAAAUCCUCAUUGGGUUUUCUAAUGUUGUUCCGAUGACUGAGUUUGUUUUUGUUUUCUCGUUUUGUUUUGUUUUUCAGCGUAUUUUUGUACUAUAGAUGUAAUUUAGUUGUAUUUAUUUUCGUAUGUUGGGAUGAAGGACGCUGUCAGCCGCGUUUAUUAAGUGCUCUCUCUCCCUCAUUAUUUUUUAUACCUUUCCUUUAGUCGUUUGCCUGUUUUGUUUCAUACCAAAACUCUAGGGCAAGUGCCAUGUAGAGGACUUGCAUUGCCAUUUGGUAGUAUUUAUUUUAAGUUAUAUUAAAAUGUUCAAAUUUC